CAGUUGUUCAGUCCCGAAGUGGAGUCGCGCGAGUGAUCGAGUCAGUUUCGCACGAACAACACGCGCGAGUAAAACGCUUCCCUUGUGCUUUAGUUGAUCGUCGCAGCUCGUGCACGACACAUGGUCGACGUAGUGUCAAACAUACUGCAUCGUACCUAAAAUUUAAAUAAUCCAAGAAACCAUUAGCUACAAAUCGCAUCCAGUUGACUUCAACUUUUCUUCUUUUCCACCUUUUUUUUUUAUUUUAUCGAAGACGAUCAUUUGAUUACACAAUUUCCUAAAGACUGGAUGAGAGAGAUAAAUUCUUGAAUGAAAGUUUCAUUUUCGGUUUGAAAUAUAAGAGCGUCUUAGAUUGCCGGGGAUUUGAUUGAGAUUAAAGUGUUAAACCAUUUUGAAGUAACAAGAUUGAUGCUCCAAAUUUGAGGAAAAAGGGGACGGGAAAUCGAACGAUCGAGAGAGGAUCUCUAGAAACAUCUGUCCGUCACACUGCAGCUGAGAUAACACAUUAAAGAAAAUAAAACGUGAACGUAUCGCAAAGAAACAAAAUAGCUGCACAACCAGACAGUGAUAUGAAGAAUACGCAAACCAACAGUUAUGCGGAAGUGAAUGGCAAGCACGUGUCGAAUGGCAAAGAAGAGGUUGUCGACAAUGGCGAAGAGGUCGAUGCCGUGCAAGAAGCGAUUGGGAAUCUUGGCAGAUGGCAAAUUUACGUUUGUCUGGCAAUCUCUUUGGUCAAAUUCCCGAUCGCUUGGCACCAGCUUGCCAUCGUCUUCAUGGCGCCACAUCAAGACUACAACUGUAUCUCACCAGCUCGUUCAGAGACAUCUGAUCAGUGCACAGUCAAUGUCAAUGGAACAUUGGCAGAGUGUACAGAAUGGGAGUACGACAGAAGCAUGUUCACGGAGACCAUCAUAUCUCAGUGGAACUUAGUAUGCAGUCGAACUCAUUACGCCAAUAUCCAGCAAUCUAUCUUAAUGUUCGGCGUACUGUUGGGCAAUAUUAUAUUUGGCAAUUUAGCAGAUAGGUAUGGUAGAAAGAUGCCUUUGAUGGUAUCCGUAGUUCUUCAAUUGGUUUCCGGUAUUGGGUGCGCUGUCGUGCCUUGGUUUCCGGCACUCUUGUUAAUGAAAUUACUUAGCGCCUUGGCUACUGGGGGCACAAUGGUUACUAGUUACGUUAUUUGUAUGGAGAUUGUUGGUACAAAAUGGCGAGCAGCUAUCACAGUACUUUACCAAAUUCCAUUUAGCUUAGGCCAUAUGUCCUUGGCUGGACUCGCAUUUCUCUUCCGUCAUUGGCAACAUCUUCAAAUGGCCAUCACUCUUCCUUCCAUCAUCCUUCUGAGUUAUUGGUGGAUCGUACCCGAAUCACCAAGAUGGUUGCUCGCAUUUGGAAAACAACGUGCCGCCUGCAAAAUCCUGCAAAAAGCGGCGAAUAUUAACAAAAUAAAACAUAAAGACAUUCCAGAGCUUGUGAAACAGCACUGUCUGCAUCAGAACUCGAAAAGAUCGGGUUUAGAUCACAAAGCAUCCUUCCUGGAUCUAUUCCGUACGCCCAACAUGAGGAGAAAAUCAUUGUCCAUCUUUUUCAACUGGAUUGUCUGCGGCAUGGGACUGUUUGGAAUGUCGCAGUAUAUUGGACAAGUCGGUGGAAAUAUUUUUAUAAAUUUCACCGUUUCCGGUGCAAUCCAGAUACCCGGCAACUUCGUUGCUUGGUGGGCAAUGAAUAGACUUGGUCGCAGGAUCACUUUGAUCUGUAGCCAUACGAUCACUGGUGUCGCUGCUCUUUUACUCAUCGUAGUUUCAAACGAUCUCGCGUGGCUUAGAUUAAUUCUAGUCUGUACCGGCAUCGUUGGUAUGUCGGUUUCUUUCACCACCGUUUAUCUAUUUUCUGGUGAACUAUUCCCAACGGUGAUUAGAAAUAUAGGAGUUGGCACUAGCAGUAUGUGUGCCAGAAUAGGCUCAAUCUCGGCACCUUUUGUAGUGUCUUUGGAUCUCAUUCAAAGUUGGCUACCACCGGCUUGUUUCGGGGUUUUACCUCUUAUUGGUGCUGCUCUUUGCAUCUUCCUUCCGGAAACCGUAGGUUGCACGCUUCCGGAGACACUGGAAGACGGUGAAAACUUCGGAAAGAAACCUCAGAAGAUCAAGAAAUAUCGGAAGGACAUCGAAGCAGAGGCGGCACUUUGAACAAAGACUGCAAUAAUUAUUAAAGAAAAAGAAAUUAUCUAGAGGUAUGAAAAUAAUAAAAAUAAUGAAAAGCUAGAGGACACUACAACGAAAAAGUAUCGAAAUUUCUAUAGAAUAAAUUAGGUGUACAUAUAAACAAUACUGCGAUCAUUCCGCGUUCUUAUUUAUUACAUUAAUACAUUCACGACUUUAAUUGCAUCGAGGAAUCGCUGUUUCUCUUCGCACGCGUUCAAACAUAUCGGAUUCGUGUUUUAAUGUCCACUCGUGCCCACUAAACUUAAUCAGUAUGGCUUGUUGUAAGAAUAUUUUUGAUAUUGUCGCAGCGCUGCCUGGAUUAAAAAGCGUUCGGGGGGGGGGGGGGGGAGGCCUAUAGUUACGGAUCUCACUUUACAGGGGGCCUCGUUAUAAGCUUUCCAUUUAUUAUGUUCAAAAAUAUUGAAUGGAUUUUUUUUUACUAAAUUUAAUUUUAUUUAGAAUAAAUUUUAAUUUUUUAACCAAAUUUACUAAUUAACAGGCCCCUCGAAGGUUUGAUAGCCUCAGGUCCCAAAGAUAUUAAUCCGGUCUGUGUUAACGAUUUCAAAGAGCUGAAACAGUGUUACUUACUGUCGAAUGUAACAAUUACGAGAGAACCGUGCCUUGUACCAUUUAUAUGCGAAUGUAUCAAAGAAAAAUAGAUCAUUUAUUUUAUAAAAUGGAUAUGUUAUUCUUCAACAUCCAUUCCUAGUGCCUGUCAGAUGUAAAUAGAAGAAUUUUUAGUCGAUAAUUUAUUUUGAUCACAGGCAUACUUGAAUUGUGAAUAAACGUAUGGGUGUUAACCAAUAAUAAUCAAGAAAGAAAAUAUUUGAAAAUAUUUGUAUAAUUCUUUCCAUUUAAAUUCCAGAAAGUCAUUCCUAUCUAUGUACAUAUAUUUUACUUGUAUGUAAUGAUUUUGAGAAAAAAAAUUUGUAGAAACUCUUUCUAACUAUCUUUUUAUAAGUGUAUAGAAUCAACUUAGAAAUAUUUUCAAGUUUCUUUGCACUAUGUAUAGGAUUCGUUUUUAGUAGGUAUAUAAAAAGAAGAUAUUUAUAGGAAAUUGUUUAAUUAAUUGAGCAACCUUGAUUUUAUUGUUGCCCAAACAAUAGGAAAUUCAUACCAGUUCUUGGUAUUAUAUUAAUCUCUGUAAAUAGAGCUGUAAAGAUCUCGCAAUAUCAUACCACGAAUUACUAAUGAGUCUUUAAUCAACAAUGUGUUUAUAACACUUCUAAGUAGAGGAAAACUGAAGGAAUAAACUAAUGACAGUACGCUGUGUUGCUUAUGCUGAUUUUACGGCUACAUGCAAAAUACUCUUAUUAUUAUAUUGUAUAUAUCUAACUAUGACUUUAUAUUCUAUCAUAGUACAUAUACUAGUGCACAAAUUUCAACUUAUACACACGUGAAACGUUUAUUUUCUAAUGUACAAUAUUAAAUAUCUACGAUCUAAUAAAUGCGUUUAUUACUC